GUCGGUUCGGGAAACAAUGCAGCAGUGUUUGCGAACCCAAGGGAAGCGUUAACACACAAAAACAGUUUAAUUUCAGACGCUGAUUUUCUUGGCAGACGCCGUCCUUGCAAUGAGCUUCCUUGUAUUCUCUACCCUGCUGUGGGCGGGGAUAUGUGCCGUGCGUGGUAGUGCAUCCUCUGUUGUCCAGGGGAGCGUUGUUUGGGAGUUCGACUAUAUGUGUGUCCAGGGGCCCUACAAGGACGACCUCCGCCCCUUCCGUUACGACUGCCGACAGUACUACGACUGCCACGACGGUUACAGCCUCACCAAACGGCUGUGCGGCCCCGACUACGUGUUCAGCAAGAGAGCAGGGGGAUGUGUCAUCAAAGGUUCUUCGGAAGAUGGCUGUGACAUCCAGACCCCGUCAGUGUGCCCGAACGACAUUGACGUCGUCAUGCACUCGGAUAUUUGCAGCCUCUACUACAACUGCAGCGCCCGGGCCCAGCUCCUGUGGUGGCCGGACCAUCUUCAGGAGUGCCCCUUCCCCUUGCUCUUCAACGCAGACGCCGGCACAUGCGAUCAUUACAACAACGUCGACUGCGGAGACAGGGAGGAACCAACAGCAAUAUGCGACUACUAUGUGUUCCGAUGCGAGGACAAGUUCUGCGCUCACUGUAACGUUCCUGACUGCAAGGGGCUGGAUGACGGAGCUCAUCCCCAUCCCGGGUACCCCAACAGCAACAUCUACAUCACGUGCCUGGACCAGAGAAUCACGUCCACCGAUACGUGCGAUGAGGGAAUGACCUUUGACCCUGCGCAGAGGGCCUGCGUCAACGUACAGUGACCCGCAAGAAUACCGACAAAUGCUACAACCGACACCUAGUAUACCGACUGAUAUCACACUGCACCCAAAACUCUGAAAUUAAUCCAUAAUGUUGUCCAUUAAAGUUCCCGGCAACAUC